AUGUUCCAGGAUCAGGUCAUCAAUACCGAUCUAUUAUGUUACAAAUCUAGUUAUAUUUCCCCCGUCUGCUAUACCAGCUCUCACAGAGGCCGCCCAUACGACUUUUCCUACGAGGUCAAAGAUGACUACGCAGGCACCGACUUCGGCCACAGCGCGGAGUCCGACGGCAACACUGUCCGCGGAUCUUACAGCGUCCAGCUCCCCGACGGACGCAAGCAAACGGUAUCCUACGUAGCUGACCACUUUAAUGGGUAUCAGGCUGAAGUUAGUUACGAAGGAGAGGCUCAGUUCCCCCAUGAAUACGGCCCAGCUGUCACCUUCAAGCCCCAGACCUACCAGCCACAGCCCACCUACCAGCAACCUCAGCCCACCUACCAGCGACCUCAGCCCACUUACCAGCAACCUCAGCCCACUUACCAGCAACCUCAGCCCACCUACCAGCAACCUCAGCCCACUUACCAGCAACCUCAGCCCACCUACCAGCAACCUCAGCCUACAUACGAACAGCCUGAACCCACCUACCAACGACCACAACCCACCUACCAACGGCCCCAGCCUUCAUACCAGUAAACAUCACUCGUGACUGGAGCUCUGUGCCAACCAAUGCGACCACGUACAUCUACACGUUCGAUAACGACAACGUCAAGUAUGCAAACCCUUUUCUUUCAUCGUAUCACUAACAUGACACGAAACAAACCAUGGUUAUUCGCCAGUUUCAGCCCGGUUUGCGUAAUGCCACUUCAUAACUCUAAUUAGCCAUAAACAAACACGGUCGCAGUUCAGUCCAAACUAGUUUAGUUUACGCAUCAAGGCUUUGAUUAAAACUUGAUUACAUAUGCCUCCUUCAAUAAUUUAUCUCGCGGACUUGAUUAACAAAACGCAAAAUUGUUUCACAUGACUCCAAAACGAAUAUUAAAUUUCAGGUAAUUGAUACAUUCUGCUAAUUCUAAGAAUUCUAAGCAGAUAUUGAGGCCAUAUCUAAUCAAGGGGUAUUCUCAACCAUACAUCUGCUUACAACUAAGAGGGCUAAAUGCUCCGGUUAUUAUUUUUUUUACAGCGGUCAUUUUCUGGUCGUUACAACCGCGAUACAGAAUACAUGUCGCUCCCAUUCCUCUGUGUUCCUAAAUCACUGUUUAUUUUUGUUGUUACUGUUAGAGCUUCUACUUAAAGCCUGUGGGCAAGAGGUGUUGUA